ACUCGAUGAAAGAUGACAGAGGAGGUGAUUGUUAUAGCCAAGUGGGACUACACAGCUCAGCAAGACCAGGAACUGGACAUCCGGAAGAACGAACGCCUGUGGUUGCUGGAUGAUUCCAAGACCUGGUGGAGAGUCCGCAACGCAUCCAACCACACCGGCUUCGUCCCCUCUAAUUACGUGGAGCGCAAAAACAGUCUGAAGAAAACCUCUCUAGUGAAGAACCUGAAAGACACUCUCGGCCUGGGAAAAACGAAAAGGAAGACUAGUGCUCGUGAUCCAUCUCCCACACCCAGCACAGAGGCAGAGUACCCAUCCAAUGGUAGCGCAGGAGGGGGUGGAGUGGGCGGGGCUGAGCGGAUCUAUGACCUGAACAUUCCCGCACUGGUGAAGUUUUCUUACGCAGCUGAGCGUGAAGAUGAACUCAACCUCAUUAAAGGGGAAAGGGUGGCAGUCAUGGAGAAGUGCAGCGAUGGCUGGUGGAGGGGUAGCCAUGCCGGCCGUGUCGGUUGGUUCCCAUCCAAUUACGUCCAAGAGGAGAUGGGAUACGCAGACCAUGAUGGGGUCUUUGGGGAUUCGUUGGGGGGCUUCCGGUCCUUGAAGGUAGGGCAAGGGGCGGCGAUGGCCAAUGGCCGGCCGGGAAGCUCCGGGAGCUCCGUUCUGCAUGUGGUCCAGACCCUGUACCCCUUCAGCUCAGUCACAGAAGAGGAACUGAACUUUGAGAAGGGUGAGACGAUGGAAGUUUUGGAAAAGCCAGAGAAUGACCCAGAGUGGUGGAGGUGUAAAAACAGUCGAGGCAUGGUCGGUCUUGUGCCCAAGAACUAUGUUGUAGUGCUCAGUGAUGGGCCAAUUGCGAAGGGCUUAGGGUCAAGUCAUGGCUCUCCUCACAUCAGUCACACAGUUCCGUCACGUACAGGCAUAUUUGCUGGAAAGGAUUGGUACUAUGGUAACGUGACACGGCACCAAGCUGAGUGUGCACUUAAUGAGAGAGGAGGGGAAGGGGACUUUCUGAUACGGGACAGUGAGUCAUCGCCCAGUGAUUUCUCCAUUUCUCUGAAGGCUGUGGGGAAGAACAAGCACUUCAAGGUGCAGCUGCAGGAUGGAGUGUACUGCAUCGGUCAGCGGCGUUUUAGCAGUAUUGAUGAGCUUGUAGAGCACUACAAGAAAGCACCCAUCUUCACCAGUGAACAAGGAGACAAACUCUAUCUUGUCAAGCCCUUUGACUGAAUUUGUCGCUUUUCAACAGACGUUACCUCUCCCUCUGUGCACCUCAGUUUCCUUCUUUUUUCUCUUCCUGCACACUCAUCUGACUUUACUAAAUUCUUGAAUGAGGGGAAAAAGCUCCUUUCAGAAGCAACUUCAAGGACUAUUUGACAUUUCAGAGCCCAACAUUGCCUCCACUCCUGUAGGGAGCAAUAGCAAUUUGUCAUUCUUUUAAACAGAGAUAUCCGUUCUUGAUAUCCGUCCCCCCCCCUCUUUUUUUUUUUUUAAUGAUUUACAGUUUUGGAGGUUUUGGUAAAGAAAAACAGAAUGGCAUUUCACUGAGCAACAUCUGUAGAACUCUCUCCCAGCCUUUGGGCAGCUGUUCUUCUGCUCUUCCUGUUGCUGGUUAAUCCACAACCUCAACCCACAUUAUAUUGGUUUACAUUUCUCUGCCCAAAACAGCAUUACAGUAUGUACAUUUGUAGCUCUUGUACUGAAUUAGCAGAGAAUAAUAGAUUAAUAUGCAUGUCUUAACCUUGAUCCUUCAGAGCAGGCGAGCAUGUGAAGAAUGAGGAGUGUGAUUUGGUUCCCAACAGAUGGUAUGUCUCCAUUCUCCAUUCGUAGAGCUCAUCCGAAGGCCAUGCAACUUCUCUAUGUAUGUUCACACUGCAGCUGUCUAUCGCAUUACACUGUCUGAAUCUGAAUCCAAACUAAUUGCUGAGAUGACAGUCAGAUUUCACCCUGAAGUAAAGCAGUACUCUCCCAUCCUCUGAGCCUUUACAGACACUGUUUUUGCAUUUACAGUCCCAUCCUGCAUACAUGAAGGCUGUGUUUGGACUUCUCUGCUCCUACAAUGCGAACAUGCACAGCUUUCCAGGUAUUUUUCUUGGAUCCGAGUCACUUCAGGGUUUCUUCAGAAUCAGGGUACUUCAUUAAGGGAGAUAAAUGCAGUAAUGACAGGAGUUAAAAGAGAUGGGGGUAAAGAGAGAGAUUGUAGCUUCUAAGAGAGUAGUUUCUGUAGACAAGGAGAGAGUUUGAAUGUGUGUCCUUUCAACCAAAUGUGCCACCCACUUCCAGUUCUGCUACUAUUGAUGUCUUAUUGCACCUCACCAACACGUCUUCUCUGCUCUCAGUAACACAUAGUUGAUUGUGAACACUAAUUCAAGAGUAAUAAACAAAAAUAUGAUUUUAUUUCUUUACUUUUGUCAAUUACUCUUAAGUCUGUUUACCAAUAAGCGUGUUGGUCAAGGAGGUUUUUUUUCUUUUUGUCUGAAUGUUUUUGAGCAAUGUUAUUUAAUUCCUCUUUCCACUGUAUG